AUGAUACUUUUUUGGUUACACAGAGGCGUCUUCGCACUAUCUGAGUAUCGUAUAUAUAUACGGGGACAGGUCCCCAGAAGCCGGUCACUAUUUCUCACAGCCCGACUCACAAUGUUAUUUUCCAAAGCGUCAGGUACAAAGUACUUUGGACUGAAAGGCAAGACUCUUCAGCGAGCCAUCGGAGGCAUCGCCGGUCUUGGUUUCUUCCUAUUCGGAUACGAUCAAGGUGUUAUGGGCGGUCUGCUCAACUUGAAGACUUUCCGAGAGCAGUUCGAGACCAUUAACACUGUCGAUGACACUUCUCUUCAUACUGCUACCAUUCAAGGUACCGCUAUUGCCGUUUACGAGCUGGGAUGUAUGGUUGGAGCUCUUUCCACCAUUUACCUCGGAGACAAGCUGGGACGACGAAAAGUCAUUUAUUUUGGAACUUGGAUUAUCAUCAUUGGUGCUAUUAUUCAGACUGCUUCUUACCAUCUUGGUCAACUUAUUGUUGGCCGAGUUGUCGCAGGUAUUGGUAACGGUCUCAUUACAGCCACUGUACCCAUGUGGCAAUCUGAGUGUGCACGUCCCGAAGAUCGUGGUCUCAUGGUCAUGAUUGAAGGAUGUCUGAUUUCCGGAGGUAUUGCUCUUUCUUAUUGGCUUGAUUUCGCCUUCUUCUUUGUCAAGGUCGGUUCUAUGGACUGGCGUUUCCCUGUUGCUUUCCAGAUUCUUAUUGCUCUGAUUAUCGUCGCCUUUGUGCUCGAGUUCCCUGAGUCUCCUCGAUGGCUGGUCAAGGUCGGUCGAGAGGAGGACGCACGAGAGGUUUGGGCUGCUCUGGAGAACUGUGGUCCCAACGACGAUUAUAUCAACUACGAGAUCCACGAGGUCAAGAAGAAUCUGGCUGCAGAGGAGCAAAUGACUUCCUGGCAGACUUUCAAGCUCAUUUUCACCUAUGGAGAGCGAAAGCAUUUCCACCGAGCUUGUCUCGCUUUCUGGAACCAGGCCAUGCAACAGCUGACCGGUAUCAACCUGAUUACUUACUACGCCGCCAAGAUUUACCAGGACUCUCUCCAUAUGGACGAUGUUGUCUCUCGAGCUCUUGCUGCAGCUAACGGUACCGAGUACUUCAUGGCUUCAUUCAUUCCCUUCUGGUCUAUUGAAAGAUUCGGACGAAGAAAGCUCAUGCUUUUCGGUGCUGUUGGACAGGCUUGCACCAUGGGUAUUCUUACAGGUACCGCAUGGGCCGCUGACCCCAACAACAAGGACAAUCGAGCCGCUGGUAUUGCUGCUUGUGUCUUCCUCUUCGUUUUCAACUCCUUCUUCGCCAUUGGAUGGCUGGGUAUGACCUGGCUGUAUCCCGCCGAGAUUACUUCACUGGAGGUUCGAGCCCCCGUGUCCGGUAUCUCUACCGCCUCCAACUGGCUGUUCAACUUCACAGUCGUCAUGAUUUGUCCUGUCGGCUUCAACUCCAUCCAGUCGUACACCUAUACCAUUUUCGCAGCCAUCAACGCCUGCAUGGUCCCAGUCAUUUACUUCCUGUACCCUGAGACUGCUGGCCGGUCGCUCGAGGAGAUCGACGAGAUUUUCAAGGAGUCUAACCCCAAGACCCCCUGGGACGUGGUUGGCAUUGCUGCUCGAAUGCCCAAGCGAGACCAUUACAACUACGACAUCGAGUCUCGAGGCAACUCCAUGGGCGAACAAUACCCCGAGGGCGAGCCCAAGCCCGAACAUGAGGAGGUCCCUGAGGGAUAUACAUCUGAGACUGCCGGAGAGAACUCCAACAGCUCCGUUGAGUACCCCGACACCACCACUCAUCAAUAA